GAAAGCAAAACCUAAAUUAAACCCUGUAGGAUUCUCCUCCUGCGGAGAGAUAGAGAAGAAGAUGUCAUCGAGCUCCCAGCAAGCCAUGCCAAACCAGUGCUUCUCCGAGGAAAGAGAGAUGCCUUGUGCUGUUUCUCAAAUGGGUUUCUUUACUUUUCCUCAAAACCUCACUUCAUUUGCUUCCCAUCAAUCUCUCAAACCCUUCGAUAUUGCACUGCCUAAUCUAACCCAAACCCUAUCCUAUCCGAAGCAUAGAGUGCAGGGCCCUGCUUCUGAUUUUGGAGAACCCCAACCGCUUUCCUUGCACAGAUCUACUGCAAAUUUCUGGGCAUGGGGAAACGAGUGCUUGGGAGCUAAGAAAAUCGGUGUAGAAGAUCAUGUAGGCGUUUCGGCAGUGAAAAUGAAAAGGAUAAAAGGAAGAAGAAAAGUAAGGGAACCUAGGUUUUGCUUCAAGACCCUGAGCGAUGUGGACGUGCUCGAUGAUGGAUACAAGUGGAGGAAGUACGGCCAGAAAGUGGUAAAGAACACCCAGCAUUCCAGGAGCUACUAUCGUUGUACGCAAGAUAAUUGCAGGGUGAAGAAAAGAGUGGAGAGACUGGCAGAGGAUCCAAGGAUGGUUAUUACAACCUACGAAGGGAGGCACGCUCAUUUGCCAUCUCACGAUCUCCAUGACUCCCACCACCCAAACUCUCUCCUUGACAGUUUCUUCUAGUGCCAUAUCUUCAUAUGAUUUCAUACAUUAUUUC